GUGGGUGGUGUUGCUCUCUCUCUCCAGCACAUAGUGACAGACGAGAGUUAAGAUGAUUGUUGAAGUGUUGCUGUUAGUGUUCCUGGUUCUCCUAAUUGUAUAUUACUUCCACCAGCAUCCUGCCAAGAAUCUUCCUCCUGGACCCUUGAGUUUGCCUAUCAUUGGGAACCUAAAACGUGUUAUAGUGCCAGAGGAUGUUCGUAAACUCCGUAAGAGAUAUGGCGAUAUCUUUAGAUUAAAAGCUGGAUGUGUAGAUAUGACUUACAUCUGUAACUUCAACCUGAUGAAAGAAGCUUUCACCAAGAUAGAAUGUUCUGAUCGUCCACACUGGAAGAAUCUUCAUUUUCUUACUGAUGGACGAGAAUCAGGUGUAAUAUUGACCAAUGGAGAACAGUGGCAAAAUGCACGACGGUUCUUGCUGCGUAACUUGAGGGACCUGGGUAUGGGCAAGUCUUUCCUGGAAGCUGCCAUACAGGAGGAGGCACAGAUGCUGGUCAACGAUUUCCGGAAAUAUGAUGGCAAGGCAGGUCAUCUGCCUAUGUCUAUUAACAUUGCAAUUCUCAAUGUUAUCUGGCAACUUGUUGCAAGUCGUCGCUACGAGUUGAAUGACAAGGAAAUUCAAUCAUUUAUGGCGCUACUAAAGUUCUUACAAGAAGACGUCGUUAGUGUGUUUCUUCCAUCCUUCUUUCCUAUACUAAAUUAUCUCCCAAGAUUCCUGACAAGAAAACUCCUUAAGCUUGAUUUAGUAGACGAUGUUAAACAGAAUGUCUUCAAAUUUAUGGGGAAUAUUAUUGAGUCUCACAAAGCCAAACUGGACCCCAACAACCCACGUGACGUCAUCGAUGAAUAUCUUCUCGAGAUGAACAAGAAAAGUGACACUGCUGCAUUUUUCAGUGAACUGGAUCUGACGAGAACCAUAUUUGACUUGUUUGGUGCUGGAUUUGACACCACUUCUAACAUGCUACGCUGGAUGUGUUUAUACAUGGCUGCUUACCCAGACGUUCAGAGCAAUGUGCAGAAAGAGAUUGAUGAUGCAGUUCCCAGAGACAGGUUACCUUCGCAACAGGAAAAGUCACAACUGCAGUACUUGGAGGCUGUGAUCCACGAAGUUCUUCGCAUGUCUUCCCUCAUUCCCUUCGGUGUCAGUCAUUGUGUCACACAAGAUAUACAACUUGGAGGUUAUGUCUUACCUAAGGGUAUGAUCCUUCAAGGAUGUUCUGUGAUAAGCCACGAGGAUCCAAACUACUGGCAAAACCCUCACAAAUUUAACCCGAAUCGCUUCAUGGAUGACAGUGGAAAGUUUGUGCCCCAAAAAGAAGGAUUCCUCCCAUUUGGAACAGGUCGACGUCAGUGUCUGGGCGAGUCUUUGGCCAGGAUGGAGUUGUUUAUCUUCUCAGCAGCACUGCUCCAGAACUUCACCUUCUCUCCACCAACCUCGAAAGUGAUUGACCUGUCUCCUCGAGCAUUUCUACUCGCUCAGUUUCCAAAAUUUCAAGAUAUUGUCAUUACUAUCAGGAAGUAGUAGAGUAGUAUACUAAAAUUAGUUUGAUAUCUUUGUUGUGCACCCCAUAACCAACCUGUGAAUGGUAAUCCUAUUUUAGUUUUAAGGUUGCCCACAAUGUUUUGCAUAAAGUAAUUAUGUUAGUCACCCCAUUUGUAUAAUAUACAAUGAGGCCUCGCUUAUACAGCAGGUUAGGUUCUGGGCUAAUGCUGUAAAGCAAAAAUUGCUGUAAAGUGAAACAGCCUUUUUUUUUCAAUUUCAAAUACAUAAAAAAGCUUGAUAACAUGUUUACACUACCAUAUAUUAAGUGAGCAAUAGAGCUAGGCCUAUAGAAUGCAUAUACAGUACACACAUUACUUGAAUAUUUUUGUACUUAGCCUAUAAUGAGUGGUAAUAUAUUUAUUGUAGACAGCCUGAAUAAGUGAAGAACUGAAAAUCGCUGUAUUAGCAAAAUGCCGUAAAACAAAGUGCUGUAAAGUGGGGCCAGCCUGUACUGUUUUUUAUUUUAUUAAUAAGACAUCGGCCGUUUCCUACACAGGCAAUCUGAUCUAGAAAUAAGAAGAAACACUUUCAUCAUUAUUCACUACAUCACUGUCUGGCCAGAGGCGUACCUACGCUACAUUUAAAACACUGCAACAUAUCAACACCCAUCCUUCAGACUUUUUUUUGGGUUAUCCUAGAUAAUUCACACAUGUUAAAUUAUGUAUGAUAAUUGUACAUAUAUGUACCUAUACCUAAAUAAAGUUGUAGGAUGUGGGGUAUACCUUGUUUGGACUACAUACCAACUGAAGCACAUCUAUUACACUGGUUUGCAUUUAUUCAUGGUUACAAUCUUACAUAUUCUUGGGCCGCUGAUAGUAAAUAUCUAAACCAUUUUGCUCUAUCUUGUAAGGAUUUUGAAUAAAAUAUAAAUUAAUAAAAAUGAUAAAUGUGAAUUUUUAAUAAAAAGUUAAUUUAUUAAAAGUAGUCAAGUAAUUAUGAUAAAGCACAUUUUGUUAGUUACAAGAACAUAUGAAUUACAAAUCAACGUGAAUCAAAUCAUUUUAUUAAAAACAUAUUGAAUCAAAGGAAGGAGGAGACCAGCAGUAAUCCGCCAUUAUGCUGACGUUCCAUUUGCCCUGGUAUCGAGUUUCCAUGGUGCAAAUAUCCUGAUGGAACUGCUCUCUUUGUUCCUCACUGUAGUCCUCACAAUUGUUGGGAAAAUAGACAAGAUAUGAGUGCAAAAAUUACAUCUUCACACUCAUUCUAGACAAAAGUUGUUGGAAACUUGAAAUCAGGUCUUGGAUCAUAUUUUCAUACUUGGGGAGCGUGUGUUUCCCAGGAAGUUGUGGACAAUCUGCUUGAAAGAAAACUAGGCAUUCACCUCGACACCUGUUAAUGCUUCAUCAAAAUGCUUGUCCUUCAUCAAUUCUCGAAUAUGAGAGUCGACAAAGAUUCCUGCCUUUAGUUUGCCUUCACUAAUACGAGGAAACUUUGCCUUCACGUACUUGAAAGCAGUUCCAUUCUUGUUCAAGGCCUUCACAAAAUUUGUCAUAAGUCCUAAUUUGAUAUGGAGUGGUGGCAGCAGAAUUUUCUUGGGUUGUGAUUUCCCGGUAAGAAGUUGGUUCUUGGUGGCCAGUCUUUUUGCUCAUAGUGCUGGUUGUCUGCCCUACUAUCCCAAAGACACAGAAACAGGGAUACUUGGUGUAUCCGCCUUGAAGACUUAGUAGGACAGCAAUAAUUUUGAAAUUACCACAAAUGAGAAAAUUGUGAUUCUUUUAGUAUUUGAUUGCAGAAUAUUAGUGUCUUCAUAUUUACCUAAGUUUCUGGCAUUUGGACAUUAUGGCCAAUUAGCACAGAUGCAACUGUUGCCAUUGUUGAGAAGUACAGCCUUUAAGGGGGUGAUGAACGUUUUUUUUUUUUUCCUUUUGUCUAAUUUCAAUUUAAUUUUUUACUGUGAAUUGAGCAGCAGUUGAAACCUACACACUGUGUUUUUAGUGACUUUUUCCUUAAAGUUAGAUAGGAAAAAAUAAACUGUGUUGUAAUUCUUUAGAGUUUAAACUUUCCCGCUACAAAAAAAUUUGUAAGACAUGAUAUGAAAGAUAAAGAC